AAAUAUCCGACUCCACAAUCGCAGUUCUCAACGUUGUUUGCAACGAGCUCUUAUCUGCCUGUGAAAGAGUAACCGAGAGACCUCGGCAGAAACAAUAAUUUGGGGGGUGACGUGAACAAGUUAUUGCGCCGAGGUCGCCAUGUAUACAGCUUCUAUCGCGCAGACAGACCUCUGCUUCUAGGCCAGAACACCGGCAUUGGACUUGAAUAAUAGGCAUAAAGCACGGUCUUGUACGAAAUCGAUCAGUUUGUCGACAAUCACGAAGCCUCUUCCAUACCACGUCUUUGUCUAUCCUUCAUUCAUCAAUCAACCUUACAAAACCCGCUCGACCGAAUUAUGAGUGUUCAAUCCAAGGAGGUCGUCCCUCCAUGGGGACUGGCAGUCGCUGGUGCCACUGGUGCUGUUCUCGCGAACGCACUCGUGUACCCGCUGGACAUAGUCAAGACGCGUCUGCAAGUCCAAGUCAAGAGAAAGCCUGAUGAUGUCCCAACUACCACAAACGACCGACACUAUGAGGGUGGCCUGCAUGCAAUCAAGUGUAUCCUCGAAGAUGAGGGUCUGGCAGGGCUUUACUCUGGCAUGUUCGGAUCACUUCUCGGAGUCGCAAGCACCAACUUCGCUUACUUUUACUGGUACUCGGUUGUCCGAACAUUGUACAUAUCACGACUCGCCAUUCCCGCGCCUCCAUCAACCGCCAUCGAGCUCAGCUUGGGUGCAGCCGCGGGAGCACUUGCACAGCUCUUCACCAUCCCCAUUGCAGUCGUCACGACGAGACAACAAACACAACCUAAGGGAGACAAGAAGGGCAUGUUAGAGACAGCAAGAGAAGUCAUCAAUAGUGAAGAUGGUUGGACAGGACUGUGGAGAGGUAUGAAGGCGAGUUUGGUGCUCGUAGUGAACCCGGCCAUUACAUACGGUGCAUACCAAAGACUGAAGGAUGUUCUUUACCCUGGAAGGGUGAGCCUUAGACCCCAUGAGGCAUUUUUACUCGGUGCCAUGUCUAAAGCAUUGGCAACUAUUGCUACUCAGCCACUCAUCGUUGCAAAGGUCGGUCUGCAGUCGAGACCACCGCCCGCCAGAAUGGGCAAACCAUUCAGCUCUUUCCUCGAGGUAAUGAAGUACAUCAUUGACAACGAAGGCCCUCUUGGACUCUUCAAGGGUAUUGGACCCCAAAUCCUGAAGGGCUUGUUGGUGCAAGGACUUCUGAUGAUGACAAAGGAAAGAAUGGAACUCAUGUUCGUUCUUCUCUUCAGAUACGUCCGCAAGAUCAGAGCAGAGAAACUGCAGAAGGUUGCAGAAUAUGCAGCUGAAAAGGCCAAGAAGGUCGCACCUGUCAUGAUCAAGUAGACCAAGUUUCAUGGACGUUAGGGGACCCAUUGCGAUGGGCGGAGUUUGUAUAGAUACACGAUAUUUCAUGCAUCAUGUCUUAGCACUGUUUGAAGUGGCAUCCGAUGAGGACAGAAAGGUGGAUAAUCUUGCCAGAGCAAUAUGUGCGGACAUAGUCAUAUAGGACUGUGUGAGUACCAGAGC